AUGAGCUCAAAAAAUUCUUCGAAAAAAGCCGCGAAAGCGAAGAUCCCUAAUAGAAAUUUGAGGGUAACUGACUUUUUUACCCGAAAACCAGCCCAAGCGCCGAGUUCGUCGGUUGUGUCGUCGUCUCAGCCUAGUCCAGUCGCGUUGGCCACACGUUCGCGUCAAAGCAACGCUUCAAAGUCAUCACCUGAGACAUCCAUGGCAGUCUCUCACAAACAGACCAUAACUACUCCUAUGCUCUCCGCUUCGCGCACGUCCACUUCUAGUGGUUCCGGUACACUUCUUUCCCCACCCCACACAGCAUCUAGAACCCGUUCUUCUACUUGUCAAACUCCGAAGGGUCCUAUGGCAUCGCCUCGUAUUACACGCAGCCAAGUAGCACAGAACACCCCUAGGAGGGCCUCUCAAAAGCGUCCUCGUUCCCCAGACCAGUAUUUCGGCGCUUCUCACCUCCUGAGCGCGUCUUCGUCCGCCAAGGCCAGGUUGCCUCAUAAGCGCAAGAAGAAAUUCGAGAGCGACUCCGAGGGUGAACGUCCAAACGGUGUUAUCUAUGUCCAGAAACCAGGCUCUCCUUUGAAACCAUCCAUACAAGCCCCUCCACUCGCAGGGCCUCACACCCCUUCAUCUAGUAAGCUUCUCAUACACAGUAGCCAAUCUGACGAGAUGGAACUCGUCGUUCCUGUACUAGACACCCGCGUUCUCUGUCAAGUCAAUGAACAAGUCCACAAAUGGCGCCAAACUACUUUGGCAUCACCAUCCUCAUCUGUCAUUAAUGACAGUAGCCCCUGUGACUCAAGUGCAACGGACGCAGGCCUGCAGGUACCUGUUACUUCCCCAUCAAAUGACGACGCAUACUUGCGUUCUGUCACGCCCUUGCAUAGUGCACCUCCUGAGACGCCCCUUCAACCCUCUGCUUCACUGCCCUCCCCGCCUGACACCGCAGGUGUCCCGCAACUUCCCGCCACGCCCGUGUCUGAUAAAGCAGGCAAGGCUGUGCAGCUCAUUGCAAGUAUCAAAGCAAAAGCAUUUGCCGAAAGCCCCCUGAGCGACGAGGAGAAAACCUACAAGUUCCGCGAGCUCGAUGAAAGUAGCGACGACGACCUCGAAAAUAUGACUCUCAUUCCCGAUAAGAAGGGCAAGGGCAAGAACUUGCAUCUUCCUGUCCUGGAUGGUAUGGAUGGUAUAUUCGACUCGCCGCUAUCAAGUGUCCCAUCUUCGGCACCCAAAGCCACCACCUCCUACAAUCUCCGUAAUCGCCGCUCUCCUUCUGCCUCCCCCACGCGCCCCCCUGUUCACACCCACAGGAUGUCCCGAACCCAAGUACACAUCCGCUCUGGCCGUACAAGCAAGCCUGCGCCGCCCCUACGCCUUCCUAGCAUCGUCGUCACCAAGAAUGCACCUGGACCCUCAAAGCUCAAGAAGUCCUUCAAUCCGCUUGAAGCGCUCCUUCGCGAGAAAAAGGCCGCGGAGAAGCGCGGGAAUGGGAGUGCUGCAUUCCUGCGCGCCGAGGACGCUUUACAGGCCCACAUCUAUUCGGAUGCGGAUCUGGAAGAUGAUCUGAACUUGGCAGAUGAGGGUGCCGCAUGGCAGGCGAUUCAAGAACACGCUCAACGCAAGUCGAGCAGCCCCGUUCUUGAACCACUGGAAGAUGAUGUGUUCAUGGGCGAAUACGAAACAAAAAUUCUUGGCCGUGAGGCAGGCGAAAAGAUCGAAAAGAUCCUUGUCAGCGACAAGAGCACUGAGAACAAAAAGUCGAAGGAAAAAGUUGUGGGUGUGCCGCUCUGGCAGGAGGGCGCGAGUGAUGAUGAGAUGGUUGUUGAUGAUGAGUGUAAUGUGAGCUUUGGGGAUGCCAGUAACCAUCCCGUAUUGGCACUUUUGCAACACUUAAGUGGGAUCGGAGCUGCCGAUCAGCUGGCUUUGACUCUGUCUUCAGGAGUGCUCGGCGCUCUAGGUCCUGAGGAGAAAUCUCUUGUUAUCUCUCCUCUUUUCGCGCUGGCCAUCAACGUUACUGAGUCCCCCCUCUCUGGCGCAGCAUACAGUGCUCUGCAUAGUUUGUGGAGCGCAACAUCCCACACAUCUAAAUCUACGCUUCGCUUCACCGACAUCGCUACUGCACUUGUUAACCUCGGUGCAUGUCACCAUGUAGCAGAAGACCUUCGCUGGACUAUCCGUGAGGAUGUACACCCGUUGCGUAUCAGUUCUGAAAAUCGUUCACGUGUUUUGAGUAAACUAGUAGCGCUAGUGGGUAUUGCUGCUCGAACGGAAAAUCUUGUCGCAGAAGAUAUUCCGAACGUGCUAUUGAGCCUCGUGGUUAUUGGCCUUGACAGAACCACUUCCAACGAGCUGAGGGCUAACUUGCAUCUCACCAUUGACACCAUUUGUUGGACCAUCAAUGUUUCAACUCACCUUUCUAUCCAUCAACGACUUCUCAGCCAUGCGUCUACGCUUACGCCAGCUAACAAAGCCCAUUUUGUUUCGUUCUUUAGUAGCGGCAGUGGCCGCACUCGUCACAUCGCACAAUGGCUAGCAUAUGCGCUAUUCCUUCCAAACAGUAUGCCCUCUGAUGCGCUCCCUCCCCUCGAGCCGCUCAUCCUUCUACUUUCACCUGUACCUGGCUCUGAUGAGCUCUUCGACGUAACAAGCGCAAACGCAGACUUUGAGGACCUCAGGCAUUACUUCGCUAUCAUCAGUGUCGCGCUCGCAAACAUCGAACCCUACGUCCAUGAAGAGAACUCGUCUUCCCAGUCGCUUUCUCGUCAAUCAUCGAUAGACGACAGCCCCCGGAAGAGCCAGAAGCCGCUUGCUCCCCUCGAACUACUUCUGCGGGUGUUAGAGGUCACGCAGGGGCGUAUUGUUGACACGCGUGCGGCGCACCUAGAUCGCUCACGCACGAAGGCAGAGAUGCAUCGCCUUCAGAUGCGCGUGUAUUAUCAACGCCAGGCGCUCAAGCCCGCCGCAGGGUGGACAAAGAUGGCUACCAUCCAGCAUUACUUCGGUCCCAAGUAG